UGCUAACUAAUGGUUUUGGUGGGUUAUGUUUUAAACUGACAGCUCAACAAGUUUUUCCCCCUAGGAUGCCUCAGCAAAGAUGAACAGAAUAUUCUAGUGUUUUUAGCUGCAAGAUACUAACCUGGGAAUUCUGCAGAAUCCUAGAAUGCAGUAAACAGAGCUUCUGCGAUGAGUUGUUCUUUGGCAGAAGAAUCUUGUGCUCUUUGAGUGUUACCUUUUCACACCUUUUAAUAGGCAACUUUCAUAUCGCAAUAAUGUGAAAAGUAUAUUUAAAGAAAAGUAUUUAAAUAUGAUGUGUGUUGUGAAUAUUUGUAAUAUGAAUGCCGCUUUUUUAAUGUUUGCUUUUGUUUAAAUUGUAAGCUGUAGUUCUAACUGGGUUAAUUUAUUAUUUUAGGCUGAUAUUUCGAGCACUACUCCUGGAACAUUGUACAAUGUGACUGUUUCUUCAGUUACCUCUUCGGCGUACAGCUCACCUGUCAGCAAAACAGUGACAACUAAUAUCCAGGACCUCCUGUUUUCCUUGCGGGGGAAAGAGUUGGAUCUGCAGGAAUUCUUCUCUCUUGGAACACACCACCACAUCCAAAUGGGAGGAUUAUAUCCUACAUUGUUAAAUAUAAAGAGGUCUGCCCUUGGAUGCAAAAUACUUAUACUCAGGUUACGACAAAGCCAGACAGUUUGGAAGUUCUUCUCACCAAUCUUAACCCUGGAACAACUUAUGAGAUUCAGGUUGCUGCUGAAAACAGUGCUGGCAUUGGAGUAUUUAGUGACCCAUUUCUCUUUCAAACUGCAGAAAGUGCUCCAGGUAAAGUGGUGAAUCUCACAGUUGAAGCCUUCAACUAUUCUGCUGUAAACCUGAUUUGGUUCCUACCCCGGCAGCCAAAUGGGAAAAUAACCAGUUUCAAAAUUAGCGUAAAGCAUGCAAGAAGUGGGAUAGUCGUGAAAGAUGUCUCUGUUAAAGUGGAGGACCUUCUGUCUGGAAGGCUACCAGAAUGCAAUGAUAACAGUGAAUCGUUUUUGUGGAGUACUACGACUCCCUCAACUACUUCUAGUAAAACUACUAUAUUGACCCCAAGUACAUUGGCUCCCAGCAAAAUGAUCUCCGUCUGGAAUGAGCCUAUCAGUUUUGUUGUGACUAAUCUCAGGCCAUACACGACUUACCUUUUUGAAGUUUCUGCAGUUACUACCGAAGCAGGUUAUAUUGACAGUGCAAUUGUCAGGACACCAGAAUCAGUUCCAGAAGAUCCACCUCAAAACUUUGUUAAAGUCAACAUUACAGGAAAGUCUUUUUCAGUUUCUUGGGAGCCACCAACCAUUGUCACUGGAAAGUUUAGCUACAGAGUUGAAUUAUAUGGACCACUGGGCCAUAUCUUGGAUAAUAGCACAAAAGACCUCAAGUUCACUUUUACUAAUCUAAUACCAUUCACAACCUAUGAUGCUUUUGUUGCUGCUGAGACAAGUGCCGGGGUGGGGCCCAAGUCAAACCUAACUGUUUUCACUCCCGCAGGAGUUCCUGGACCUGUAUUUGAUUUGCAUAUGGCAGAGGUAUCUGCAACCUUUGUUAGAAUUGGUUGGCAGAAACCACAGCAACCAAAUGGAAUCAUCACUCAGUACAGAGUAAAAGUUUCACUUGAGGACACAGGGGAAACCCUUGAAGAUACAAUUCUAACAGAAAAAAUCAAGGAUUUUAUUGAAGAUUUGGAUCCAGACAUUUUAAAUGAGAACACCUCACCGUCUUUCACAUGGAGUGAAGUGGAAACAGUAACUGGUUCGUAUGAAGGAUCAGCUGAGAUGUUUCCAACAGUGCACAACUUUUCUCCAGUAAUAUUUACAAGCAUGUCUGAGGAUAAUUUGCCUAUUUUGAACAGAGCUGCAGAACUACAUCCAGAUUCUGCUGAGCAGCUGUCCUAUCUUGUAAAUGGACUCCAGCCUUUCACUAAAUAUGCAAUUGAGGUCUCUGCUUUUACCAUUAUUGGAGAAGGACCACCAGCUAUUCUCAUUGCUAGGACAAGUGAACAAGUUCCAAGCUCAGUCGAAAAUAUCAAUUAUAAAAAUAUUAGUUCGUCCUCAGUUUUGCUUUAUUGGGAUAUACCAAUAAACCCCAAUGGAAAGAUCACACAUUACACAGUUUAUGCAAUGGAGCUGGAUACACAUAGAGCUUUUCACCUGACUACGUCAAAUAACAGCAUCUUGAUUACAGGUUUGAGAAAGUAUACGAAUUAUAAAAUGAGAGUAGCGGCUUCCACAACUAUAGGGGAAAGUGCUCUGUCUGAAGACAAUGAUAUUUUUGUGAGAACACCUGAGGAUGAACCAGGUUCACCACCCCAACAUGUCGAGAUAUUAGAAGUGACUGCCACAGAAAUAGGUUUAAGAUGGUCACCACCUGAGAAGCCUAAUGGGAUUAUAACUCAUUAUGAAGUCAUGUAUGAUGAUGCUAGUGCUUUAAUUCUGAGAAACACAACAGCAACAAAUCUUCUUUUAAAUGGCUUGAAACCAUAUACUCUGUACAAUAUUUCUGUAAGGGCAUUCACCCGCCUUGGGCAUGGGAAUCAGUCGUCUCCCCUGUUAUCUGUAAAAACGGCUGAUACCGUUCCCGAAUUCCCACCACAAAACAUAACUUAUAAGAAUAUCUCUUCUUCGGAGGUAGAGCUAUCAUUUCUUCCACCAUCUGUCCCGAAUGGGAUUAUAGAGACAUAUACUGUAUAUCUCAGAGAGGCUGAUGGAACUGAUGGAAGAACCAUCAACACCACACAUCUAUCACUAACUAUUACAGGCUUAAAAAUAUAUACAAGAUAUAUUGCUGAGGUAUCUUCAAGCACUGUAAAGGGUGAAGGUCCUCGCAGUGCUCCUUUGCACAUGUUGACUGAUGAAGAUGCUCCUAGCUCUCCUCCACGAUUGCUCACAGUAAAGCAGUUGUCUGGUGUCAUUGUGAAGUUGUCAUGGCAACCACCACUGGAGCCAAAUGGAAUUAUCCUCUAUUACACAGUUUAUGUCUGGAAUAUAAUUUCAAGAAGAAGCAUAAAUGUAACAGAAACCUCAUUAGACAUCACAGAUCUUGAAAAUAAGAUGGAAUAUAAUGUUUAUGUAACAGCAAGUACCAGAUUUGGAGAUGGAAAUAUAAAGAGUGAUAUGAUCAGCUUCGUUACCUCUGAAGGAGCUCCGAGUGACCCACCUAAAAAUGUGUGGUAUAAAAACCUUACUUCUUCAUCAGUACAAAUCUUCUGGGAUCCUCCUCAAAAGCCCAAUGGAGUUAUACAGUUUUAUUCGAUUUACUACAAAAAUGAUUCAGACACUUACAUGCAGAAUUUUACCAGUUACGCUCUUGACAGUGGUGUCAGCAACGCAACUUGGUCUACGGUAUUAAGCAACUUGGCAAAAUGGAACCACUACACACUUUGGUUAACUGCCAGCACAGCCUUUGGAAAUGGAAACCAAACCAGUGAAAUCAUACAUUUGUACACAGAUCAAGAUGUUCCAGAUGGACCUGUGGAACAGCUGGCGUAUCAAAACAUUUCUUCCACUGCUGUAAAUAUAACCUGGAUGCCCCCAGCCCAACCUAAUGGGAUGGUCUUCUACAAGGUUUCACUGACAAUGCAGGAUGGUCAAACGGACCGUGAGAUUCUGUCACUCAUUUUGAAUGAUACAAAUGUGGUUCUUCGUAAACUGGAAAAAUAUACCAGUUAUCUUCUAAGAAUCACUCCAGCAACAGAAAACGGAAUGUCUGAAAUGCACACUGCUAGUCUGCACAUCACAACUGAAGAAGAUGUUCCAGAAUCUGCACCAAUUAUGACAUCUUAUAAAAACCUUUCGUCUACCUCAGUGAUGUUAUCCUGGAAUCCUCCAGCCCGGGCAAAUGGCAUCAUAAUAAGCUAUGUCUUAAAGCUGCAUGGACUAGAACGAAAUGAUUCUUUCACUACUUCCAAUAAUUCAGUUGUCUUAGAAGAUCUUUCACCAUUUGUACUCUAUAGUUUUUAUGUAUCUGCAAGAACUAGGAAAGGGCUCGGCCCAUCCACUGUUUUGAUGUUCUUCACAGAUGAGUCUGUUCCGCUGGCUCCUCCUGAGAACCUGACAAUUGCCAAUUACACAUCUAACUCCGUAUGGCUGAAAUGGAAUCCAAGCCCUCAACCAAAUGGUGUUAUCCAAAGAUAUGUUUUUAGCAUUUUGGAUAACCGCAGUCAAACUACAUUUUUUCAGAACAUUUCAGGUUCACACAAUGAAGCUAAUAUUCUUGGUCUAGAACCGUUCAGCACUUACUUCAUCAGUGUUUCGGCAUUCACAAAAGUUGGAAACGGCAAUCAAUUCAGUAAUCUUGUUCGGCUGACCACAAUGGAAUCAGCUCCAGAUAUUGUCCAGAAUAUCCAAUGUACUGCAACCAGUUGGCAGUCAGUCCUAGUCCAGUGGGACCCUCCUUUGAAGACAAAUGGGAUUAUUACCCAUUACAUCAUAACAUUUGGAAAGAAUUCAACAAUCUUGUCUUCUGAUAAUGAAACAGUGCAUACUUUCAGAGACUUGUUAUCAAAUACCUCUUACCAGUUUAAAAUACAGGCUGUGACAGCUGCCGGGCAUGGAAAAGAGCAGCUAUGCAAUGCCAGCACAUUUCCAGAAACAGCUCCCAGCGCUCCCAGAGAUAUUUCAUUUUCAAGCAUACAAUCAACAAGUGUGACCUUGAGAUGGAGAAUGCCAGUUACUAUCUUUGGCUACUUUCAAAACUACAAGAUUACUGUGCAGUUACGAUCUAUCCAUUGCAACAACUGGGAAGCAGCUGAAUGUAUUGAAUAUGAGCAGAAGCAAUAUUCAUAUACUGUUGGCACUUUGUCAGAGGAAACAGUCUAUGACCUGAAAAAAUUCAGAUGGUACAGAUUUAGAGUUUCUGCUAGUACAAAUGCUGGUUUUGGCACCUCUUCACCCUGGAUUUCUACACAAACUCUUCCUGGCUUUCCAGAUGCUCCUCCUGAAAAUGUAACUGUGGUAGUUACAUCCUCUUACAGUAUUAAUAUUAGCUGGAGUGAGCCUGUCAUCAUUACUGGACCAACAUUCUACCUCAUUGAUAUUACCUCAGUAGAUACUGAUGACUAUAAAGCUUCAUUUGUCAAAACAAAUGAUGAGGACAAAAACCUUGAUGUUUCAGGUUUAAGGGCAUUUACAAGGUAUUCUGUAGUGGUCACUGCUUUUACUGGCGAUAUCCAUGCUGCACAUAUUGAAGGCAAGUCUAGCCCUGCAGUCAUUGUUUCCACUUUUGAAGCAGUGCCCAGAGACCCACUCAACAACAUAACAUUUCAGAAGAUACCCGAUGAAGUAACAAAAUUUCAAGUGACGUUUAUAUCACCAUCUGAACACAGUGGAAAUAUUCAAGUAUAUCAGGCAAUGGUCUACAAAGAAGAUGACCCAACUGUCUUCCAGAUCUAUAAUUUAAGUGUUAUUGACAGGACAAACAAGUCAGUCACUGCUAUGAUAGAGGGACUAAAAGGGGGACAUACAUAUAAUAUCAGUGUUUAUGCAAUCAAUGGUGCUGGUGCAGGGCCAAAGAUCCAACUUAAAAUCACAACAGACAUUAAAGAACCACCAAGGCCUAGUAAGAAGCCAGUGCCCGUCUAUGAUACCAGUGGAAUGGUUGUCACUGCUACAACAAUUAGUAUUCGUAUGCCGGUUUGCUAUUAUAAUGACGACCAUGGGCCCAUCAGGAAAAUACAAAUUCUCGUUGCAGAAGCCGGAGCUCAGCAUGAUGGCAAUGUAACCAAGUGGUAUGACGCCUACUUCAGAAAACCAAGACCGUAUUUUGUAAAUGAGGGCUUUCCAAACCCACCAUGUGCAGAAGGAAAUGAAGGGCUGAGCAGCAAAGAUGAUGUAUAUGUAAUUGGAGCUGAUAGUACAUGUAUGAUACCAGGCAGUGAAGAAAAAAUCUGUAAUGGCCCACUGAAGCCCAGGAGACAGUACUUAUUUAAGUUCAGAGCUACAAACAUAAAAGGACAAUUUACAGAUUCAGACUACUCUGAUCCCAUCAAAACUUUAGGUGAUGGGCUUUCCGAAAGAGCUGUAGAAAUAAUACUUGCAGUUACAUUGUGCAUACUAUCUGUAAUUCUCCUUGUGGGUGCAAUUUAUGCUUUUGCAAGAAUUCGACAAAAGCAGAAAGAAGGAGGCACAUACUCUCCACGGGAUGCAGAAAUUAUUGACACCAAAUUAAAACUAGAUCAGUUUAUCACAGUGGCAGACCUGGAAAUGAAGGAUGAGAGAUUUACACGGUUACUUAGUUAUAGAAAAUCCAUCAAGCCUAUAGGCAAGAAAUGUUUUCUACAACACGUUGAAGAGCUUUGCACAAACAACAACCUAAAGUUUCAGGAAGAAUUUUUGGAACUUCCCAAGUUUCUUCCAGAUCUUGCCUCAGCUGAUGCUGAUCUUCCUUGGAACAGGUCUAAAAACCGUUUUCCCAACAUCAAGCCAUAUAACAACAACAGAGUGAAGCUGAUGCCUGAUGCCAGCAUACCUGGAUCGGAUUACAUCAAUGCUAGUUAUGUGUCUGGCUAUUUAUGUCCAAAUGAAUUCAUUGCUACUCAAGGACCAUUACCAGGCACAGUGGGGGAUUUCUGGAGAAUGGUAUGGGAAACAAGAGCAAAAACCCUUGUUAUGCUUACUCAGUGUUUUGAAAAAGGACGGAUAAGAUGUCACCAAUACUGGCCUGAAGACAACAUACCAGUGACUGUGUUUGGAGAUAUAGUGAUUACUAAAUUAGUAGAAGACAUUCAAAUAGACUGGACCAUCAGGGAUUUAAAGAUUGAAAGGCAUGGGGAUUGUAUGAUGGUACGUCAGUGUAACUUCACAGCCUGGCCUGAACAUGGAGUACCUGAAACGACUGCAUCAUUAGUCCAUUUUGUAAAGCUGGUCCGUGCUAGCCGAGCACAUGAUAGCACACCCAUAGUUGUUCACUGCAGCGCUGGAGUCGGAAGAACGGGAGUUUAUAUCGCCCUGGACCAUUUAACACAGCAUAUAAAUGACCAUGAUUUUGUGGAUAUCUAUGGUCUUGUAGCUGAGCUGAGAAGUGAAAGGAUGUGCAUGGUACAAAAUCUGGCACAGUAUAUAUUUUUGCACCAGUGCGUUUUGGACUUAUUGACAAUCAAGAGGAGCAGUCAACCUAUGUGUUUUGUUAAUUAUUCAGUACUGCAAAAGAUGGACUCUUUUGAUGCCAUGGAAGGUGAUGUGGAACUAGAGUGGGAAGAAACCACCAUGUAAAAAAACACAACAGAUUAAAACCUUACGUUUUGAGAAACAACUGUGUUGGGUUUUAAAAAAAAUAAAAAACAAUCAAUAAAUCAGGGGCCAAAACAAACCCCCCUCUUACAAUGAACUAACAGCAAAUAUUAAUUUUUGUAAGAAUAAUGUUAUAGUUUAUACUCUAUUUAUGUGCCUUCAUAAAUACUAUAAAUUAUUAAAUGAUACUUUUGUACAGAGUUUAGUCCUGUUGUUAUAACAAAAUUGUAUUGGGUGCAGUCCAGCAAUGGCUAAUCACAAAUAAGUCCCAUUGAUAGCAAUAUAAGCAUUUAACUGUAUGCUGUGAUCUGUAUCCAGCUAAAUCAUUAUGCUUGCAGAACCCAGCACAUAGCUUCCCAUCAACACAAUGGAAGCCCCCGUUCCCAUGUGUGCCCAAUGGCAUCCCCAGAUCUGUUCUGGAGGGUUGAGAGAAGUCCCAGAACAGAUUUAGGGUGCACAUAGUGGGAGAAGGAAGGGGGGAAGGAAGGUUAUGUUGCACAAGAAAAAUCCUUCUGCUUACAGAACCCUAGCCUUAGUGUUACACUGAAUACAACCCUUUGUCUCACUAAUUUCCUUGGGAUUUAGGGCCUAACUAGGCAUUACAAGAGACACUUGAGUGGCUGCUGCUUCACGUCCUUUUCUCUCCUCUUCUCAGUAACAUCUAGAACAGGCAUCACCAACCUUCGGCCCUCCAGAUGUUUUGGACUACAAUUCCCAUCAUCCCUGUCCACUGGUCCUGUUAGCUAGGGAUCAUGGGAGUUAUAGGCCAAAACAUCUGGAGGGCCACAGGUUGGGGGUGCCUGAUCUAGAAUAAUAUAACUCAUAAUAUAACAUCACCACUGCUAUACAUUUCCGUGCUUCCAACACUCAGUUAUGUGGGUGAAGAGAUACACAGUGCAGUGAUAAUGCAUUGUAACCUGGGGGUCAUCCAGUGAAUUUGACUGGCAGGAGAUGCAGAAUAGAUUGAAAGAAGCACUUCUUCACACAGAUCAUACGGUAGUUAAACUGAUUUUUGCUGCCACAAAAUGUGGUGGCGGCUACUCGCUCAGAUGGCUUUAAAAGGAGGAUAAACAAAUUCAUAGGUGAUAACUACCAGUGGCUAGAAAUUAGGGUGGAUAUAUGCCAUCUGCACUCAGGCAGGCCUUUCACCUUUCCUGAUCACCCUGCAGUGGUGCUUUUAUGUGUUAUACAGCAGCACAACCAGACACAUUCCUCUCCCCCAGCUGCAACAAAACAUUUCUCUCCCAUAUUGGUCUCAGCAGCCACAACAUUAUUUGAGCUUUCACCCAAUGUAAAAGCCACUUCUUGAACUGUAGUGGGAUACUGUGUAUAGUGCAUUUCCAAGUUAUUUGCUUCCGGUGGGGGGGGGGAAUCCAUUUACAAAUAAUAUGAAAAAGAAUGCUAAACUUGCACUAUAUUGCCACUAUAUAUACAGAUAAAGUAUUUUACCAUGCUCACCUUAAAAAACAUAAUGACCACAAUCCUGCAAUAUUGAUACAUGUGGUUUUAUGCCCAUUAAUUUCAGUUGGCUUGAAUGUGCAUCACUCUGCAUAGGAUUCUGGCCAAUGUGUGAAGUGGCCCUUAUUCAUGAUUAUUCUCUCUGGACUGUGCCCACUUUUGGGCACAGUUCUAAAGCAUCUACACCAGUGAUGGCCAAAGUUGGCCCUCCAGCUGUUUUGGGACUACAACUCCCAUCAUCCCUAGCUAACAGGACCAGUGGUCAGGGAUGAUGGGAGUUGUAGUCCCAAAACAUCUGGGCGGCCAAGUUUGGCCAUCACUGAUCUACACCAUGUACCUACAUACAGUGUACCUACAGGAGUGUACACAUGAGCAGAUUAUUUCAGAAUUUCAGCCAGGGGUCCGAAUCCAAAAAUGGCAACCUAUCCACCAAAGCAGGCUUCCACAUAUGUGGCAGGAUCCUUGCAUGCAAAUGGGGCAUGAAUCCAAUCUAUGCCUUUCAUUGGCAGGCUUAUUUUCGUCCCAAUGUGGAUUAACAUACAUCCAAAUGAUACACUAUUGAAAACAACAGACAACUUAUUUUGAAUGUGUAUCUAAUUUUUCUUUGCUCUCUUGUUAACUGGUAAGUUUAAAGAAACCUGCUUUUGUGCAUGGAUCACAUCUUUGGAUCAGGACCUAUAACCUUCCUUUGAGGAAAUGCUCUGGACACAUUCCGAAUACCUCUAAAUUACCAUAGGAUAAUACAUGUCUAAAUGAGCCAAAUGUGAUGCAGAGCAUUCAUAUUCCCCAGGUGUAUAUAAUUCAGUGUGCAGAUCUGCUCUCCUACCGGUAUUUGUGGUUGAUUGUGAGGGGAAUCUGCCAUCCCAUAGACUCAGCUGACUUAAGACGAUGGGGUUGAUUGAAAUAAGAUGACUUCCAGGAUUAUCAUAACAUUUCCCUAAAUGUAUGCUCUUCUGUUUUGACUCUUUGUUUUAUGGGAUUGAAAUAUUAUCUUAUGAUCCUGAACAGCUGAAAACUCACCCCUCUGACACUGUGGAGAUUUUUCAGCUUUUAUUCGGCACACAGUAGCUUUUCACGGACGCUUGGGGCUAUUUAACUCAUCAUGGAAUAAUGACCAGAAAUUGUUGGUUUUCUUGUUCUAUUUUGCAAUGCAAUUUGGUAAUUGUACAUGCUUGACAAUUAAAAAAAACCACUGUCUCACAUUCCUAAUACUUUUCUAAAGCUGUAAAAAAAAAAUAAAGUU